CUUCGAAAUCUCAGCUUUUGACAAUACGACCCGCCCAGUCAAUAUCGUAGCCGAUGUCCUUGCUCGGAUCUGACGUGCCUAAUGCCCGUGGAAAUGCAAGCAAUCAAGUCACACCGGCGCCAAAACGCCGACGGCUGAAUCUGGCUUGCAACUACUGCCGCAGCCGCAAGACCAGGUGUGAUGAGCAGAAGCCCUCCUGCCACGCGUGUCUUGCAGCAGGACUGGUAUGCGUGACUACGGACCCGAGGAGACCCCAUCACCUUGUCGAACGCCGUGAAGCUGGCAAAGGACCCGACAGCCCCUCGGUAUCUACGCACUCCGCAGAUGCUCCAGCGCACCUCUUACAGCCUCGCACAGUGAGCAAUUCAUCGCCUGGAACUGCGCCUUUCGCAGUGCAUGCUGAUGAUACUGACGAGGGUUCGCUCGCGCAGGUGGAAGAAGUACAUGCAUCAGCAGACGACAACCAUGAUCCCCACAACAAUGCCACUGGUCGAAGAUUCCGUGGUUUGUUACCAAUAUUCAAGCAUGAAGUCAGCUCUACAAGCGUUGAUGUUCUUACUGGCUGGCUUAAUGUAGCCUCGUUCAGGCUAGGCCUUGGACAUUGUUUCGCACCGAGGACUCCGCUCAUGGUCGGACAGCAUCACGAUCCAUUCCCUAGCACGGCUCCCUCACUUUCAAAUCUUGUAGAUACAGAGACCCGGAUUUCACAUUAUUUCAAGAACGUUCAUCCAGUGUACCCCGUUGUAAACAGAGACAACGUGUAUACCGCGCUAGAAGAGAUACGGACGCAUGGAAUCAUGACGCUGGUGUCAACCCUAGACAGCCUCCCGCAGAUUGUCGAAGCGCUGGUCGCCGUUGACAUUGGUUCCAGCGGGAUUCCGGAAGCUGAUCCGGAUCGCAAAGUAUAUGCGUUCGUGAAGGAUCUACUGGGCAGGCUGAUCGGACGUCCUACAUUUCCCAACAUCAAAGCCCUCUUCCUACUGGCACUCGAUAUGUACCAUCAUGACGAUGUUGCUUCGGCAUGGUCUACACUCACCCUAUGUUGCUCCAUGGCAAUAGCCGUAGGACUUGGCAAAUCGAGAAAUCUCCUUGCAGCAGAUUUGAGUUAUAAUCGAGAAGACGGGAUGCGGACUUGGUGGUCGAUCUUUGUCCUUGAAAAUCUCAUUUCUUUCGAAACGGGCCGGAAGUCUUCUCUUUGUUUUGAGGAGUACGCGGAAAUGAGCUGCACAACAAUAAUGGACAACGCGGGUGUACACAAUAACGAACCCUCCGCGCAAGAGCAAACAGAAGCCGCCAAAUUCUUCAAGACAAUCGUCGGCUUUGCAAAGGUCCUCGGUGAAAUCGGGACGCGCUGCAUCGACAUCCGCGACCGAGAAGAAGCAUCCGGCACUGCGCAAAUUCAGCGCCUGGUCGCAGAAAAAGUCAAAAUCACAGCAGAAUGCUGCAUUCAACUGAUGCACUGGGCAGAAAGCCUACCAGAUUACCUGCGCCCGGGCUCCGAUUUGAUCUACGAGCGUCGCACAUUCGCCCACGCUGCUUUCAUCUCACUCCACUACUACAACGCGCUGCUUGCGCUGCUCCGGAACUCCCUUCUCAUCAGCGACACGGCGCACCAAGUCACUCAGGUAAUUUCCAAGGAUGAGCCCUGGGGCCACGUGAUUCGUAACGGCCAGCCAAUGGUAGCGAGUACUGCACGGAAGCUCAUCAAGCUCUUCAUCGACGCCGAGGAGAGCGAGGCUGCGCUCUUGGUGCCACACACAAACGCGGCCUUACAUGCGCUGUACGUGCUAGCGGUGCAUCUGAUGAGGCACCCAGAUACCAUGCUGCGUAAGACUGAUCUGGAUCUCAUCCACCACGCGGCCCGCUUUGCAAAGAAACGGAUGCGCACCGGGACCAUCGCCAUGGAAGCCCUUUGUUCCCUCCUCGGCACUCUCGACAACGCCCUCGAGCAGGGGCCCGACUCAAAUCCCGCGCCCCGAACCGGCACCAUAUCACUGACUCUCCCACAGAAUCAGUCAGAGAGCCACAGAUCGCCACAGCCCCUCUCCCGGCUUUCUGCGGACGUCUCCAUGGACCCGAUUAGCUCGAGCGGCGAGCUGUUAGGCCGAUAUCUCGGCCCAGACGACUAUGAUAACACCGCCUUCUACUACGGAAUGGACAUAGGGACCUGGAUCGGCCUGGACAGUGUAGUAUGGGACGCAGGUUGACAGACAGCCCAUCUUCCACGUCUCGGGCAAGAUCACCAAACAGCACACACACAUCAGCGUCCCCUUGACGACAGGGCUAAGGGAGUCUUCACCGCGACGCUCGUACAAAUGAAUGCUCGAAUCAGCAAGUUGAAGAGGUAUUUCCGGCGCGCUUGCGACCUCUGAUAGGCUGGCGCAGUAUGCGGCAUGCUGGCUCGGCUGGACAGCUCCUGUCUACGCAGCUUGGGCAGG